UGGGAAAGGCGUGUUGCAGAUUUCUGUGAAUGUGCAAAGCAUUUCAUGUAAUUAUUAUCAGGAAUCUGUAAUAAAAACAACAAACUGCGACGAGGCAGUGUUGUACCACGUGACUGAAGGCGGAAAUCCUCGGACGGAGCAGGCGUGGGGAUUGUAGUCACAAUAUUAAACACUAACACAGAAACGCGUGUUUCCCUUUGGGUCUCUCCAGACAUCAGAGGCAGCGAACAGACUGAGGGUUGCUCUAAGGUCAGACCGCUGAGAUGACAAGGCUGUGACAGUGGGCGUCCAAGUGUGACUGUACCGGACUGAUUCACAGACAUGGCCACGGCUAAGAAGACUUGCACAAAGGCAGGAGGCGUUCACUUCUCCCAGGAACCCCCCUCUGCUGGAGCCUCAUCCCACGUUCAUUUUGAUGAGAAGCUGCAUGAUUCCGUUGUCAUGGUGACACCAGAAGAUGAUGGCAACUUCAUGGUUAAGGUCGGCUUCUUGAAGACCCAGCACCGCUAUGAAAUACUGUUCACACUUCCGGACAUCCCAGCUCUGGGAAAAGAUGUGUGCCGAGCGCCGGUGCCCAGUCCGCACCUGCGAAUCACUGACAUCACUCCAGCAGCAGAGGGAGGCCUGAAGAUAACGUGCGAGUAUCUGGCCCUGCAGGAGGGAGUUCUGUGUGAGGAAGUUCUGUUACUGAGCGAGACCAACGACGACGUCUGUGUAAGAGUCAAAGUUCAUGCCAGAGUCAUGGAUCGCCACCACGGUACACCCAUGCUGCUGGAGGGCGUCCGCUGCAUCGGCACGGAGCUGGAGUACGACUCCGAGCAGAGCGACUGGCAGGGCUUCGACUGAAGACCCCAAGUCUCUGCUGCUCACUGCAAACACGUCCUCAAAUUUACAUCUGCUAUGUCAAAGAUGUGCACCUACCAAAAUACAUGCACUGACCCGUGUUUUCACAUAGAAAAAUAAGUAGAAGCUUUCAACCUGUUAUACUGCAGACAGGUGAUCAGCUUAGGUGCCGUGUGCAGCAUUUCAGCCAGCACAGUGAGACUUCCCAGUUUUACAAGUUCAAUGUUGGACCUCUGAAAGAUUUAAGAUGGUUACAGUUUAGGUAAUUCUUCUUUUUGUAAUUCCUCAAACCGUUGUGUCCAUGCUGUUAUUGCUCUGUGAUUUCAUUACCAAACCACUAGAGGGCAGCAGCACUCUAACUCAACCCAGCCUUAUCCCUGUCACACUGCUUCUGGUGCAGCCGGUCUCUCUCUUCCCAAAUAUAGGUUUAGUUGUACAAGAAGGCUUGUUUAUCCAUUAAAUAUACCCUAAAGAAAUAACACGGUACUAUUUGCGCAUAUUUUUAAGAAAAAUCUGCAUUGUUAAAAAAUACAGAGUUGAACUGAGUUGCAUUGAGAAUGCGUUACCCCUGUUUAGCCACUAGGGGGCACUGCAAGCCAUUUUAUAAACUAUCGUAUGUUCAUGUCCCAACUUCUAUUCUCUGUUUUCUGUAAACUGUUUUCCAUCUUCAGUCCUUGUUAUUAAAUGCAUUUAAGAAGCUAGGACAGACAUUCUUGUUGUAAUAACUCUAAGUUCAACCUGCUCUUUUUAUUACUGCUUCAGUGAUUUUGUACUUUCUUGAAGCUUUUCAAUAGGUUUGGGUGACAAGUGCAUUUACAGCUGCAUUAAGGGGGGAACUUUGACAAUAAAUAUCGAAACUGUACUGAAUAUAGAUGAAUUAAUCAUGAAUGAAAGUUUGAAUCUGCAAAAAAAGGACAUUUUGUUGUUCAAGAAGUUUUACAUGUCUUUGAUUUACAUGUAGUGCUCGUCACUUAGUUAAACUUUGUUUUGUAUUUUCUGAUUGCUUAUUCACCAACGUAUCUAUCAAAUUAGCAUUUUAUUAUUUUAUUAGUGUCAAAACUCUUAUUUACUUCAAGGGAGCCUGCUCCAGUCAGCUGUACAAUAUUUGAAUAAGGUUUAGUUUCGCUUGAAUUCAUGAAGCCUUCUGAGACACCCAUGUGACACAAGUGCCUUUCAUUUCACUGUCCACUCUCUUCACUUCUUCUUAGCCGAAGAGGAGUGAAGUAUUGAGCUGUGCAAGUUCAAACACUGGUAACUAAAAAGGUCUGGGAUCAGAAAUGCAACAAUCUGAAUAUUGCUGCCUUUACAGUCCGGCAUCAUACUGUUUCCAGUGUUAAAUCCCCCCCAAGUCCUCCUGCUUGUCCCGGUGUGUUCAGUUCUCUGUUUAUUUUGCAGAUCAGAGGGAAAGGCACAAUCACUUCGUCUGCUUUCAGCUCUGGUUGUUUCCAUCACUGCUUCUAGUUUAAGUGCCAUUAUCUGGCCCCAGGGCCGUCUCAUUUACAAACUUUAGAACAUUUCCUUCUUGUAAGUCUGCAUCGGUACUUAAUUGUGCUACGUUUUGUCAUCGAAUACAUUCAGCCUUAAAGGAAACAAAUUGUGUGGAUUUUCUUUUCUUAUUAGACCACAGGCUGUCUGUGUAGAAUAAAUUAAAUAGAUUUCACUGCUGUUUAUUUCUGCAAGGUCAAAGUAAUAUCUUAGUGUAAAAUGGGAGCUCUGUAGUUUAGUAUUUCAUGAAUGUAGCUUUUAUUUGUUGCUAUCUGCUCCCUGUUGGUGUGAUUUGUAUUUUUCAUGUCAAAAAUGAAUAAACCAGUAAAUGUG